UCUGUCAAUUGUCAUUUGUUGCCGGUUGCAAAAAAGUGUAAAUCCAUUCUAAUCCGUCUAAAUAUUCACGAAAAAUAACCAUCUACGAUGGCUGCCUUCCCAGGAAGCAUCGCUUUCGAUGAAUUCGGCCGGCCUUUCAUCAUUUUGCGCGACCAAGAGAACCAAAAGCGAUUAACCGGAGUCGAUGCCUUGAAGUCGCACAUCUUGGCGGCGCAGCAAAUCGCUUCCACCAUCCGAACGUCUUUGGGCCCCAAAGGCCUUGACAAAAUGUUGGUUUCGCCCGACGGUGAAGUCACAGUGACCAACGACGGUGCCACGAUUUUGAAAAACAUGGAAGUGGAUCAUGAAAUAGGAAAAUUGUUGGUGCAGUUGUCGCAGUCUCAGGAUGAUGAGAUUGGUGAUGGUACCACUGGUGUGGUAGUACUAGCGGGGGCUCUUCUCGAACAAGCCGGUGCUCUGCUGGACAGGGGCAUCCACCCCAUUAGAAUAGCAGAUGGAUUUGAAAUGGCCUGUCAAACCGCUGUUAAACACUUAGACAAAAUAGCUGAACUCUUCCCAGUAUCUGCUGAAAAUAUCGAGCCUUUGAUUAAAGUGGCGAAGACGACGCUAGGUUCGAAAAUUAUCAACAGGUGUCAUAGGCAGAUGGCCGAAAUUGCCGUGAACGCGGUUCUGGCGGUCGCGGAUUUGGCGCAAAAGGAUGUGAAUUUUGAGCUUAUUAAAGUGGAAGGAAAAGUUGGGGGAAGACUGGAAGAUACUGUUCUUGUCAAGGGUGUUGUUAUUGACAAGACCAUGAGUCAUCCUCAGAUGCCUAAAGAACUGAAAGAUGUUAAGUUGGCGAUCUUGACAUGCCCAUUUGAACCACCAAAACCCAAAACUAAGCAUAAGUUGGAUGUUACUAAUGUGGAAGAUUUCAAGGAGUUGCGUCAGUAUGAACAUGACAAAUUUAGGGAAAUGGUUUCCCUUGUGAAAAACGCUGGCGCCACCCUCGCCAUCUGCCAAUGGGGCUUCGACGACGAGGCCAACCACCUCCUCCUCCAACAAAACCUCCCAGCGGUCCGAUGGGUGGGCGGCCCAGAAAUCGAGCUCAUCGCCAUAGCCACGGGAGGUCGCAUCGUCCCCCGUUUCGAAGAACUCAGCCCAGAUAAGCUAGGCAGCGCUGGAUUAGUCCGCGAACUGUCCUUCGGUACCACCAAAGACCGCAUGAUGGUGAUCGAGGAUUGUUCAAACUCCCGCGCCGUUACCAUCCUGGUGCGUGGCGGCAACCAGAUGCUGGUCGCCGAGGCUAAACGCAGUCUCCACGACGCUCUGUGUGUGGUCAGAAGCUUGGUCCAGGAACCCCGAGUCGUGUACGGCGGCGGCGCGGCCGAGAUCGCCUGCAGUCUGGCGGUGGCGGCGCAAGCCGAUCAGUUGGCGUCUCUGGAACAGUACGCGUUCAGAGGGUUCGCUGAGGCUUUGGAGAGCAUCCCGCUGGCUCUCGCUGAGAAUAGCGGAAUGUCGGCUAUUCAUGUGUUGGGAGAGGUAAAAGCGAAGCAGGUGGCCACUGGAGACGGGGCUUUAGGUAUUGAUUGUAUGGCAACUGGAAAUAUGAAUAUGAGGGAACAACAUGUUAUUGAAUCUCUGAAGUCUAAGAGGCAGCAGUUGUUGCUGGCGACGCAGUUGGUGAAGAUGAUUUUGAAGAUUGAUGAUGUCAGGUCACCGAAUGAUGCGCAAGGGCUUUAAUAUGCGGCGAGUUUAGUUAAGGUUUUUCGUAUUAUGUAUGCACGGAUUUGUAGUAUUGUUGCCUCAGAACUUAUUUAACUCAAAUAAACGACAUUUUUAACAUA